ACCACCUUCAAAUUCCUCUCCGCCGCCCUCGUCCUCAUCUUCUACUUCGUCUUCAUGUCCUUCAAAACCCCCACCCCACACCACAGGAUGCAUCUUCCGAAAGUCAAGACCCCACCGAUUCAAUUCGGCCACGCGGUGAAAUAUAGCAUCUCUCCCGACCCCGAAAAGCUCCGGCGCACUCGCGACGCCAUGCAGCACACCUGGUACGCAUACCGCAACCAUGCGUGGGGCCACGACGGUAUCAAGCCCGUGAGCGGGAAGCCAGACGACUCGCGGAACGGGUGGGGCGCGUUCAUCGUGGACAGCAGCACGACGCUGGCGCUGAUGGACCUGUGGAGCGAGCUGAAGCUGAACAUCCAACACAUCCUGCGCAUCGACUUCACCCAGGCGAUCGGCCUCGUCGACCCGUUCGAGACCACCAUCCGCUACCUCGGCGGCAUGCUCUCCCUAAUCGAGAUGAGCGACGCCGGCCUCAUCCCCGAGAAGGUCAUCGACCAAGACGAGCGCGACCAGCUCCUCGCCCAGGCCGUCACCCUCGCGGAGAAGCUGGGUCCCGCGUUCGAUACUCCGACGGGGCUGCCGUGGCCGCGCGUGGACUUCAAGCGGAACAUCGGGACAUGGGUACCGGACCCGGGCAGCGAUCACGACAAGGACCAUGAGAAGGACCCGAACAAGCCGCCCUCCGACCCACCGAGCAUCGGCCCCGCGAGAGCGGGCACGAAUAUCCUCGAAUACCACACGCUCAGCAAGUUGACGGGGGACGCGACGUACAUCAACAACGCGACACGUGCAUGGACGUCGCUAGUAUGGCCGAAGAAGGAGGAGCGGAUGCGGGGGCUCGUCGAGGGGCCGAUCAACAUCCUCACCGGCAAAGUGACGAAGCCGCACGCGAACUGGGACGGCGGCCACGACUCGUUCUACGAAUACCUCCUCAAAGCCAGCCUCCUGAUCCCCUCGAACCGGCACACCGCGCACUACCAAAAGCGCUUCCACCAGGCCGCCACCUCCCUCCGCGAGCACCUCACCUCCCGCUCCGCCUACGAAAUCACCCCCGACAUCCACCUCACGCAACAUCUCUUCCUCGGCAAGCGCCUCGGCCCCCACCUCCUCAACGAGCAAUCCCACCUCGCCUGCUUUGCCCCAGCCACCCUCCUCCUCGCCACCGCCCACCUCCGCCGCCCCGACCUCCGCCCCCUCGCCCGCGCCCUCCUCGAAUCCUGCCACCACCUCGCUACUUCCACCCCUAGCAACCUCCCCCCCGAGCUCGCCCGCUGGAUGCCCGCCACCCCGCCGUACGAAAACGCGAGCUUCGCCCCGGAGUCCUCCGCAGAGUGGGCGCAGUUGUCGAAACACGCCUUCUGGGCGCCCGACCCGGCGUACCACCUCCGUCCGGAGUACUUCGAGAGCUUGUUCGUCGCGUACCGCGUCACGGGCGAGGCGCGGUAUCGCGACUGGGCAUGGGAGGCGUUCGAGGCGAUCGAUCGGCGGUGUCGGGCGCGGUAUGGGUAUGCGGGGUUGGUGGAUGUGAUGGCGGCGGGGACGGAGACGAAGACGGGGGAGGGGAAGGGGGAUGGGGAGAAAAAUUCGGGGCGGAUCGAUCUACAGGAGAGUUGGUGGGCAGCGGAGACGGUGAAGUAUGCAUUUUUGAUCUUUGGAAGUGGGGGGAUGGGGGGGUUGGAUGAGUGGGUGUUUAGUACGGAGGGACAUUUGUUUCGG